CUGGUCACAUAAAAAUAUAAAUAAAAAGUGGUUUAAAAAUAUAAAUCAAUAGCCAAUGGGAAGAUGAGUAUCGACGACGUUAUCUACGUAAUUUGCCUGCUGGCAUGUAUUGCAGCUGGCAGUUAUGUGAGGAAGAUUACCAAUGAGGAGCACCGGAAAUUGGUAUCCACCGCCUUGGGGGUGAUUGUUGUUGUUAUUGUUUCGGGCCUCCACAGCCUGCAUUGCUUUGCUUCCUUGGCGUUGGGCACGGCAUGCGUGCUCCUAGUGCAUCCAAGCAAAUGCCACCUGGUUACCUUUGCAAUGUUUGGUUACUUGGUGUUUUUCCGGAUGUUUGAUUUUUACUUGGGUAUUCCCGGCCACACCAACAUGAUCCAAAUGAUUCUCACUCUAAAGGUUUCCGGCAUUGCAUUUGAGAAAACAGCGUCCUGGAAGCGGCUGCAGGCACGCGACGAACAGAAGAAGAACGAUGAUCAACGGGAUCUGAAUAAGGAGAGCCUCAUAGAGAUAACCGACUACGACGAGGAUCUGCAGACGCUGACUGCCGCAGAGAUUGUCCACUACAGCUUUAAUUAUAUAGGUUUAUUUACAGGACCCUAUUACCGGUAUCGCACAUACAGGGAUUACUUUGAGAUGCCUUUUAAGACGCAUGCCCCAAGCAUUGAGGCUACUUUGGAAAAACUGAAAUAUGCCGUUUUCUAUUGCGCACUGUAUCUGGCGACCAACUACCUUUGGCCACUGGACUACGCAUUGAGUGACGAGUUCUACAACGAUCGCUCCUUCGUUUAUCGCUUGCUGUACGUUUGGCCAACGUUCUUCACAUUCCGUGCUCGUAUUUACACAGGGCUGACUUUAAGCGAAUGCGUCUGCACCAUGGCUGGCUUUGGAGCUUAUCCCGACGAAUCAGAUCCAAACAAUGGAGAGGGUCCGCGUAAGCGCUAUCAACACUUAAAGCGCGAUGCAGAAAAGCACAAAUACAACUUUACAACAAUUGUGAAUACGAGGGUCCUGGAGGUCGAGCGCUGUUGGACCUUCCGUGAAGGAAUGAAGCAUUGGAAUGUCUGUGUUCAGUACUGGUUGGCUGUAAACGUUUAUAAGCUAUUUCCCAGCAAAAAAUACAGAACUGGCGCCACAUUACUAUGCUCUGCCUAUUGGCAUGGGUUCAGGCCGGGACACUACUUCUGCAUCAUGGGGGCUCCGUUCUAUGUUUCCUUAGAGGACAUGUGGCACAAGCUUGUGCGAAAGGAAACCACUGGAUUAAGACGCAAUGUGAUCGACGUGUUAUUCUGGUUCUUUAAGUGGUUUGCCUUCAGCUCUGGAGAAGCCUUCCUGCUUUCUUCAUUUGGAAACAUUUGGCGAUUCUACAGCUCUGUUUAUCAUAUUGGCUACGUCAGUUGGGCUGCAAUGAUCGCUCUGGGGUUAUUUUUAUCCAGCCAAAAAAAGGCUGCCGAACGGAGAAAGAAUCGCGCCGCAGAUAAUGCAGCUGGACCUGGCGGAGACGGAGUCCGUGCUGAGAUGGAAAAAGAGAAAGCUCAGUAGGCAGCAAGAUCAUUCCAAAUUAAUGGGUCAAAUAAAUGUAGGAGCUGCAAGAAUCCGUCUAUCAAGAUUAAAUAGCUCUUCCAAAGCUAGUAUAAUUCUAUUGUAUAUCUGUUAUCUUCCUAGGGAUUUAGAUCUCUAUAUAAAUCCCUAUUAUAAUUAUUUACCAAAAUUAUGCGUAUUUAUUGCGUGAAUUGUUGAAUUGGAAAUGUAAGUAAAUACAUACGAAUACAUGUUUGCAUCUUGUGGUGAUUUGUGACGUUAGUAGUUCGCCGCCUACUUCAAAGUAUAAAGUCUUGCAGAACAAAGGAUACGACACAGAUUAGGGGUAAUCACACAGGGGACCUACCAAAUAGGACUAUCUAAUUUAUGCUCCUGUAUACAUCUUAUUUCUUCUCUAACCCACACUCUUUACUUUCUUACAAAAAUGUUUAAUAAAAAAUGAAAUAUUUAGUUA